AUGAAACUAUACAUACAUACACCACAAGAGAUACCAUCUGAAAUAUGCUUAAUCCUAUACACAAGACUCCAUAAUAACAUGUUUACUAGUAAUACAAACCAUUUUCUAAUACUAAUUAUGUUUCUUUCAUUACUCUUAAACAUUCAAAGCCAAGAAAACAGACAAAACCAGAACAUGCCAGACUUACCACAAGGUGUAACUCCAAGUAAAGGUGUUGUAAUAAUUGUUCUUUCCAUUAUGUUUCUCAUCACUUUUAUGUUACUUGUUUAUGUCAAAUUCUGUCGUGUUACACCUCUUCAUCUUAUAAACCAAAACCCUCUUAAUCAAGGAACAACUCGAUCACGGUCUAUAGUUUUCGGUGUUGAGAAGAAAGUAAUUGAAACACUUCCUUUCUUUAAAUUUUCUUCCUUAAAGGGAUCCAAACAAGGACUAGAAUGUACCGUUUGUUUGUCGAAAUUUGAAGACGAAGAGACGCUUAGAUUGUUGCCGAAAUGCAAGCAUGCUUUUCAUAUGAGUUGUAUUGAUAAGUGGCUUGAAAGUCACUCUACUUGUCCUCUUUGUAGGUACAUGGUUGAAGAAAACGACAUAAGAAACUUCACUUUUUCGUUCAGUUCAAGAUUCUUAAGAGUUCCUUCAAAUCUAAGUGAGGAUCCGAAUCUGGAGAUUUUUAUUCAGAGAGAACCUUCUCAAAGAAAGAGUAAAAGAGAAGAACUAGAACUAGUCCUUGAUCAUGAAGAUAGUGGUAGCAGUAAUAUUACAAAGUGGAAUCAACAACAACAACAACAACAACUACAACAACAACCUUUGCAUAUGAUUAAUCAUAGAAUAUUGAUCUCUGAUGUUGUUACAAGGAGUAGAUGGAGUGAUCUUAACUCUUCUGAUUUGUUAUCAUUGAAAAGUGAGAUGCUUCAUGAUGUGUCAAGUGCAAGAUUUUCUCCUGAUGAGGAUGAAAACUCGUUUACAGCAUUGAAUCCUGGUGAGAAGAGGUGUAUGUCUGAGAUUGCAAAUGUUCCAAGGUUUGUGGAAAUUAACAACAGAAGAAGGAAUGGAAAUGAUGAGAGAUUGCGGAGGAUUUGGUUGCCAAUUGCAAGGAGAACAGUUCAAUGGUUUGCAAGACAAGAAACAAACUCGGUUCAGUUAUUGCAACAUAAACAUUUAGCUUCAAAUGUUUGAUGAACAACAGUAAUUAGUAUAUGUUGAUUGACAAAAGUUAAUAUAUUUAGUCAAAGAUUGCAAUCUUAUAAUAUAGCAUGCAAAAGUGUGAUUUAUGAGUCUUUAUUGGUAAAGAUAGAUAAUAUCAAUCCCUUUCUUCUUUUAACUAUGCUAUUGAUUAAGAAUGCUUUUUGUGGAAUCAUGAUCUCAUUAUGGUAAUAAUGGCACUCUUUGCAACUACAAAAA